CCCUUUUUGCCCCUCGCUGAAGCCGCCAUGGCGCCCGUGAAGAAACCCGCAGCGAAGGGUGGCAAAAAAAAGAAGCAGGUGCUGAAGUUCACGCUGGACUGCACGCACCCGGUGGAGGAUGGCAUCAUGGACGCCGCCAACUUUGUGAGUGCUGGGGCUGCCCGGGGGGGGCUGCUGUGUGAGGCCCCUCUGCUCCUCUCGCUGCUCUGUGCGCUCCUCGGGCGCUCUGCACCGUUGCAUGACGGCCCAGAGCCUCAGUGUGCAUCGAGCAGUUUCUUGCAGGAGCGGAUCAAAGUGAAUGGGAAGGCUGGAAACCUGGGUGGUGGCGUGGUGACCAUCGAGAGGAGCAAGAGCAAGAUCACUGUUACUUCAGAGGUGCCCUUCUCCAAGAGGUACCUGAAGUACCUGACCAAGAAGUACCUGAAGAAGAACAAUCUCCGCGACUGGCUGCGCGUGGUGGCCAACAGCAAGGAGAGCUACGAGCUGCGCUACUUCCAGAUCAACCAGGACGAGGAGGAGGAGGAGGAGGAGGACUAAAGCGCACGCGGAGAUGGAAACGUUUUGUACAUUUUCCUGAAUAAAUUGUGGGAAAGAAUUGUUA